CACACCAAGGAACCUCUGCGACAGUAGAUACAGGCACACAGCCCGCUCUUCAUCUAUUUUUCGUUCUCUCGUUUCUGUUUGUUUCGGAGUUGCUGCGCUCGCAGGCUGCUUAGUUGAAUUACGCUGCUCUGUCUCUCCGUCCGACCCACCACCACUAGUCAGCAUCAUUUAGGCCAACACCCAAGCCUGGCUCUCCUUCGUACAUAUCUAGCUAUCUCCGCCAUGGCAUUCAUGGUGUCGAUGCUCGUCGAGAACAUGGCACGAACUGCCCACCACAGCUGGUUCUCGGCUCCCAAUGAGCGUGGCACAUGGGAUUUAAUCAUCAGUUGCUUACUCACGUUAGUCGUGUGUGUCUGGUCUGCCCUGCAUCUUAACGUGCCGACCGAGGAUUCGAGACUUAGGAAUAGGAAUGUCAAACGUUUGCGAUGGAUUCUCCUGGGUAUCUUUGCGCCCGAGCUGGUCGUAUCUACGGCGUUCGCCCAGUUUCUUACGGCAAAGUGGCUGUGCCGCGAGAUUCGAAAAGAUGUCAAGUGGAGGAAACAGGAGGUACAGAGGGCCUUGGAGUCGAUCAGGCAGGGGUGUUACUUCGCAGUAAUGGGAGGGUGCCGAAUUCAGACAGGGGAUUGCAUAGCUGGAAAUCCACGACUCAGCCUAACAGCAGAAGGUGUCCGCCUUCUCUCGUUCCUCGGACGACUGCCCGAAAUCCAGGAGAAGCAAAUCAAAGACAAAAGCAAGGCUGACGGACUCGCAAAAUCCCUUGUCGUCCUCCAGGCGGGGUGGAUGAUCCUUCAAACGAUCGCCCGAGUACAACAGCACUUGCCAGUCUCGCUACUGGAAAUCAACACGAUCGGACACGUGAUUUGCGCUUUUGCUCUCUAUGCGCUGUGGUGGAGCAAGCCACUCGACAUCAAAGACCCAGUCUUGAUUCGCAGAGAAGAGUGGAUGGAUAAGUUUGUGUCGCUCAUGUGGAUGUGCAGUCCCAUAUGCUGGAACAAGGACGACUACAUCAGCGAAAUUCGAUGCAUGAAUUACCUACCGCCGGCUCAAAGGGACGUUUUGAAGCCACACAAGACCCAUUUCUCUGUUGGGUCAAUAGGCGCCCGGGACCCGAAAAAGUUCAUCGGACCAUUGGAAGAGUUCCAAGUCGAUGCUGAUGGGCAGCAGCUGGACCAUGAUGUAAGCUACGUGAUCAGCGGCACGACGAUCAACGUAGCGAAAGAGCAUGAAAUCUUCUUUCAGAUUCAAAAAUCGCACCAGGGCCUCCAGCAUUCCAAGAACUACUGCCGCCGAGCUUUAAAGGACUGCGACACACACGAGCCUCUGCCAGAAUGCGCUAUCGAACGCUGGCGCCUCGCUAAUGAAUUGGUCGACGAACUCUGGAUCGAGUGCGAGAAACGUCCUGACUACAGCGACUUUUUCUUCACUACCUCCUCUCUCGGGAUCUUUGUUGGCGAGCUGAUAUACGUGUCCGACCAUAUCCCGAACCUCCCUAGUCUAUCGUAUCUCGGCAGUGUGAAUGUCCACAGGGACAUGCUGAAAUCCGUACUCGCAUUUGCUGGUUCAGCAUACGGUGGCCUCCACCUCUCGGCAUGGAACGAUUAUUUCCCCACACAAGAAGAACGGUGGCUAUGGAUCUCAUGUUCGCUGGCGACUGGGGCGUCCGGUAUCAUACUUGCACUGUUCUUCCUCGCAACGCAGAAGAUCCGAGCCUUCGAGAAUCUGGAGCACUUCAUUCGGAACAGCCGGACGCUGACUUGGAUGGGCGCAUCCGUCCUUGGGCCUCUCUUCCUCGUGUGCCGAGUUUUCAUUGUCGUCGAAGCUUUCAUCAGUCUUCGGCGCGCCCCUGCAGAGAUAUACAAGACCCCAGAGUGGAGCAGCUAUCUACCUCAUCUAUGA